AUGGCUAUAGACACGGCCACCAAGACUGGAAAACUAUUAUCACAUAGACUUAAACUAGCCUUAUACUGUGAUACUAACUACGAAACACAAAACCAUAUAAAAUGUAGUAUAUGUAAAUUAACCGAGCACAUCGAUAAAUAUUGUCCUGAACAACCUUCCGUAUUAGUAGUGUGUAGAUACUGCAAGAAGGCAGGUCAUAGUAUAGAAGAGUGCAGAACGAGGCUGCGCAACAACACAACUUGCACGCAGUGUGGUGGCAAGGGCCACUCGAACGAUAAGUGCCGCUCAAAUCGGUCCCAAUAUCCCCAGAAUCCAAAAUUCCACCAAGAUUCAAGAGUUUUCCAAAAUAACACUAAUCGUCAACAACAGAACAAUCUCAAUACCCAAUAUCGAGCAAGAGACCCGACAAACCAACCUUCAGACCAGAUGCGAAAUGACAGUCAACGCUCACAACACUAUAACACACCAAAUCCUUCACGAUCGAACUUCAGAGUUAAUUACGUAGCACAAGACUACUCGAACGAGAGAUGCGAUGCAGGCGUCCACCCGGAAGUUUCAUACGAAGCAAAGCAACAUCGCGAAUAUUCAGGCAACGCGAGCCAUUUAAACGAGUUCAGGGACGGCCGCGCGGACGCAUCGACCUCCCUCAAACCGGAGCAUCGUCCAAACCAAACGUCAGCUCCGUACAUAUGGAAUCUGGCCCUCCACAGAUUCGAACACAAUGCCCGCAGUCUUUGA